UUGAUCUCUGAAAACCUCUCUCUCUCUCUCUCUCUCUCUCUCUCAUUGUAUUGUAUUGGUGGAUAUGAAUGCAUGAUCUGAGGAAGAAAGAUGAAAAUAUGUUGUACGAUGCAGGCCUUUCACUACUUUCUUUGCAUUUUCUUCGUCCUCAUUCUUCUUCAGAUUGCUCGAGCUCAAAAUGGCACUACGCCUGCUUCUGAAGUGACUGCUUUGAAUUCCAUCUUCAAAAAAUGGGCAAUAGUGGCACCAUCAAAUCAAUGGAACGUAGGGGGAGAACCAUGUAGUGGAGCUGCCAUCGACGGAACCAGCAUCGAGACCACCAAUGGGAAUUACAAUCCUGGGAUCAAAUGCGAAUGCAAUGGGACUAUUUGCCACAUUACCCACUUGAAAGUCUAUGCAUUAGAUGUUGCUGGUGUAAUCCCAGAUGAGCUUUGGACUUUGACUUACCUUGCCGAUUUGAAUUUAGCCCAAAAUUACUUGAUAGGUCCCCUGUCUGCAUCCAUUGGCAAUCUAACUCGCAUGCAGUACCUGAGCUUGGGUAUUAAUGCAUUAUCGGGAGAGCUUCCAGUGGAACUUGGAAAACUUACUAAUUUAAUAUCACUGUCCAUUAGUUCAAAUGACUUUUCUGGCCCUCUACCAUCAGAGCUUGGGAAUUUAGCAAAAUUGGAGCAACUCUACAUUGAUAGUUCUGGACUUAGUGGAGCUAUACCUUCAUCAUUUGCUGCUCUACAAAACAUGCAAACAGUGUGGGCUUCAGAUACUGAACUGAAUGGCAACAUACCUGACUUCAUUGGGAAUUGGUCAAAGCUUACUACCUUGAGAUUUCAGGGAAACUCAUUUGGAAGUGCGAUCCCAUCGACAUUUUCCAACUUAAAAUUGUUGACAGAUUUGAGAAUAAGUGAUUUAUCUAACAGUAGCUCUUCACUGGAGUUUCUUAAGAAUAUGAUGUCUCUGGGCACCCUAGUUCUCAGGAAUAACAAUAUUUAUGGUUCAAUUCCAUCCAAUAUCGGAGAUUAUCAAAGUUUAGAACAUCUGGAUUUGAGCUUCAACAAUUUAGCUGGACAGAUUCCGGAUGCACUGUUCAAUUUGAGUUUUCUCUCUUACUUGUUUCUUGGGAAUAAUAAAUUAACUGGUACCCUUCCUACCCAAAUGAGUACAUCUCUCCUGAAUAUAGAUUUGUCAUACAAUGAAUUAUCUGGGAGCUUUCCUUCUUGGAUCGGCAAACAAGACUUACAACUUAAUUUAGUGGCCAAUAACUUCACAGUAGAAAGUUCAAACAACAGUGUUCUGCCUUCAGGAUUGAGGUGUCUUCAAAGGAAUUUUCCCUGCAACCGAAAUUUUCCUGUCUACUAUAACUUUUCAAUCAAGUGCGGUGGUCCACAGAUUACAUCUAAUAAUCAGAUUAUUUACGAGAGGGAUAACGAGACUCUGGGUCCAGCUACAUAUUAUGUUACCAGUGAAAACAGGUGGGCAGUAAGUAAUGUUGGACGUUUCAUCGACAGCAGCCAGCCUCAGUAUAUAAGUUUCUCUUCAUCUCAGUUCACACAAACUUUGGAGUCAGAGCUGUUCCAGACAGCACGAAUAUCUGCCGGAUCAUUAAGAUACUAUGGGUUAGGGCUCGAGAAUGGUAAUUAUAACGUGAGUCUCCAGUUUGCAGAGACGGCUAUCCUGAAUUCUAUUAUUUGGAAAAGUCGUGGAAGACGUGUUUUUGAUAUAUAUAUCCAGGGCAAUCGGGUGUUAAAAGAUUUUGACAUAAGAAGGGAGCGACGUGAAGCCUCUUUCCAAGCUGUUCAGAAGGAUUUUACGGUUCAGGUAUCAGAAAACUAUCUUGAAAUCCAUCUCUUUUGGGCUGGUAAGGGGACUUGUUGUAUACCUACUCAAGGUACAUACGGACCUUCUAUUUCAGCAAUCAGUGCCACUCCAGAUUUCAACCCCACUGUUAGCAACAACCCUCCAACUCCAACCAGGAAGAACAAGACUGGUUUGAUUGUAGGGAUAGUUGUUCCUGUUGCAGUUGUAACCUUUCUGUCUACUUUUAUGUUAUAUUGUUUCAUCCAGAGAAGAAAAAGGGCACACAAGAAUAAGGAAGAAGAGCUCCUAGGGAUUGAUGCUAGACCUUACACUUUCAGUUAUGCUGAACUCAGGGCUGCAACGGAAGAUUUUAAUCCUGCAAACAAACUCGGGGAGGGAGGCUUUGGACCUGUUUAUAAGGGAACACUCAAUGAUAGGAGGGUGGUUGCUGUUAAGCAACUUUCUGUGGCAUCCCACCAGGGAAAGAAUCAAUUUGUCACAGAGAUUGCUACAAUAUCUGCUGUGCAACACCGAAAUCUUGUGAAAUUAUAUGGAUGCUGCAUUGAGGGAGAUAAACGAUUGCUUGUUUACGAGUAUCUUGAAAACAAGAGUCUUGAUCAAGCACUAUUUCGAAAGAAAACUUUGUACCUUAACUGGCCCUCUCGUUUUGAUAUAUGCUUGGGAGUAGCAAGGGGUCUAUCUUAUCUUCAUGAGGAAUCACGGGUUCGCAUUGUACACAGAGAUGUGAAGGCCAGCAAUAUUCUUCUCGACUCUGAUCUCAUCCCCAAAAUUUCUGAUUUUGGUUUGGCCAAACUCUAUGAUGACAAAAAGACCCACAUAAGCACUCGUGUUGCAGGGACAAUCGGGUAUCUUGCACCUGAGUAUGCUAUGCGUGGGCACCUCACAGAAAAGGCCGAUGUGUUUGGCUUUGGUGUUGUAGCUCUCGAGAUUGUCAGUGGAAGGCUAAAUUCUGACUCAAGCUUGGAGGAUGAUAAGAUAUAUCUUCUUGAAUGGGCUUGGAAUCUACAUGAAAAUAACCAUGGAGUGGAGCUAGUGGAUGCAAAUUUAUCUGAAUUCAAUGAGGAAGAAGUAAAACGAGUGAUAGGAGUAUCUCUUUUGUGCACUCAAACAUCCCCAACGCUACGACCAUCCAUGUCCCGUGUAGUGGCAAUGCUUUCAGGAGACAUUGAAGUUAGUGAUGUAACUUCGCGGCCCGGAUAUCUGACUGACUGGAAAUUUAAUGAUAAAACCAGUUUUAUGAGUGAUGAUACUGCUGAUACUGCAAAAAAUGACUACAGCCACUACAGCUCAUCGACUAGUACAACAAGAAUGGCGGCUGACACAGAUCAUUCACCGAUAAAUGUCACUAAUUCUACGCUUGAAGAGAUCAUCGGAGAAGGUAGGUGAAGGCUGCUAUUUCUGAAGGGAAGAAAACUGAGAUCGUUGCUCAUCAAAUACAUUGCAUGAAAUGAGAUUACUAUACUGUAAAUGAAUGACUUUUUCCUUUAUUUUAUUUGUAUAAUAUAAGUUUGUCACCUUUGUAUCAUGUAUAGCAUGUACAGAGAAGGAUAUUACUAGUGAUGGAAUGUAUUGCAGUUUGCUUUUCAGUGAUGUA